AUGGCGUCCGUGAAGCUCGCCGCCGCGCUCGCUCUUGUCGCCGUGUGCGCCGCGCUCGCGGCGACGCCGGCCACGGCGUACCCGCCGCCCGAGAGCUGCGCGACGCAGGGCAGCUACUUCAUCAACUGCCUUCGCCGCGGGUUCGGCGAGAGGUGCUGCGCCAUGGUGGAGAACCCCAGGUGCUUCUGCCAGGUGGAGCGGGAGGCCGAGAUCCGGUGCGUGCCCGGGCGGAGCUGCCCGAGCCGUGGUGGCAUUGCCAAGGUCGUCAAGAUCGCCGAGAUGCACCUCUCCUGCAUGAGGAACCUCAAGUGCAAGCGUGCCUAA